AUGUCGAAUCUACUUCUACCGCGCGGUGUAGCCGCCAAACGCGCUGCCGCUGCAGCAGCAAAGCCUCUGGAGGGCUCUGCGAAGAUAGAUGGCAUGCAAAUCGACGUCGACACGCCUCCUAAGAUUGAUGAAUCAAGAAAAUCUACUGUAUCCGGCUCGCAUCCAUUGUCAAGUCCGUCAACCACACACCCGCUGAAUCCGCAAUCCACGGACAUAUCGAAAGUGGGAAGAUGGAAAGACAGAGAUCAGGAUACUACGCACGUGAAAAAAAUUCAAAGGAAACCGAUCAAGCCACUCAAGCCGCACGAAAUUGCCGUGCUCGUCGAGACAGCAAUGUCGGAUUAUGCAUUGUGGGAGAAUGUCAAUCUGAGACGGUAUGCAAGUGAUAAGAAUACGUCUGGAUAUGUUGCACUUUCAAGACUGCUAAACGAGUCAUCGAUCGUAGUCGCUUCUGGAGCGACGCUCUCAGAGGGUUCUAUACUGCAAGCACUCAAAGAUUUUGGCACUGGGGCCGUCGAGCUUCAACUGAAGGUCGUGCCGGCCCCAUCUAGCGGUGCACGGUUCAAAUACGCCACUAGCAGUGCUGGAAGCUACAACAUUCGUCGAGUAGAUUGGAAGUCGUUGCGAUACAAAACAGAACCGUCUUCAGGCUCUACCAAAGAGAUGUCCGAAGCGGGCGACUUUUGGAAAAGAAGUCAAGAAGAUUGGGAGAGGUCUACCAUCUAUAUUGAGAACCUUCCGCGAAAUCACUGGAGUCUCCCGGGUGCACUCGCGUUUAUGCGCUCUCUCACCAAUGAUAUCAACCAAAGGUCGGAACAGGCUAUCAUAAUGGACGACGAAUCAAGCUCCUCCACAGCAACAUUCAGAAUACAGCAUCUCGAGCUUCCCACACAUGCCAAAGCAGUUGAAGGAGAUAUUCCGCUCUGCAAGGGGUUCGCCUUUGUCACCUUCAGUAGCGUGGAAGAAGCCGAGAGGUUAGCGUCGCGAUGGCCAUGGUACACAACACACAUACAGGGUAAUGAUGAAAAAGGAGUUGAAGACUCUGAUGAAGACUCGGACAUUGGUGACGAAUUAAUGAACCUCGAUCUUUCAGAAGAGAAUAAUGAGCACAAGAUUGCGGUCAAAGAGGCGACUGAGUCAGGUUUCCGGAGCAUGACCUACCACAGAUGGACGGAGCUCAAGAACGAAUAUACUGCUCGGCAGGACGCUCUGUACGAAGCGAUGCGACGUGGCAUUUCUACAUCCAGCACGGCUGCCACUACGUUCCGUACCACCCAAGGAGCCGCUGAAUCGGUGUCUAUACAGACCACAGGGUCUACACAGCCCACACAGAAUGGAUCAAGAGGUCGCGAGAUUCCGCCUCAUCUUGCACCCACUCCACAAAGAAGCGUGCAUGAUCCCUUGAAAAAAAGAGAUCAAGAUUCAGAUUAUCCACAUGGAUGCCUGCUCUUCAUCAAAAACGUGCAUCCCCAGACGAACAAGACUGCGCUGAAAUCCCUCUUCAGUCAUAUCCUAAACAUCGCAUUCGGUAGCACCACCACAAUCGCCCCUAGCUCUUCUGGACAAGGUGCAUCAAAUUCAAGAGUGGAUUACGUCGAUUGGUCAAAAGGGAUGAGCUCUUGCCACCUCCGCCUCACUCACCCAUCCAUCGCAAGAGCGCUUUCGACGUAUCUUGGUUCACACAACCUCGUGCAAGCAACCGGUGAAGACACGGUGGGAACACCCAUAGCAAGCUCCAGUAAACCGACUAUGAGCAUAGGCGACGCAGACAUGACGCGGCCCCUAGUGGCCGAGCUUGUUCAAGGGCGGGCGGAGGAAAUUUACUGGAGCAAGAUUCCCGAGAAGAUCAGAAACGCAGCGAUCGUCAAGUUGAACAAGAUCGAAGUGGAAAUGGCGCUUGCGCAUGGCACCGAUGGUCCUCGCGGGUCAUCUGUCGAGAAUGACGAAGAGACCACGGCUGAAGAGCGGAAAAAGCGUCGAAAGAAGGCAUAG